CAACAAUGAAAAGAUUAUAUGGUAGGAAUGAAUAGAGUCAUAGGCUCUGUCUGAGUUUCAGGCAAAUAAAAAGAGUCUCUGCCUGAUUUUCAGGCCAAAAAAAACAAUUCAAAAGAGACUCUGCCUCUAAAUUUAACCAUUUUUGCUUCUGUCUUAAUUUAAGCACAUCUGUCUUCUCCAAGUAGUAUUGAGGUUAAGAGACAGAAACAAAAGCCAUGAGUUGGUUCUUGUGUUCUGGAAAAGCAAGCACAAAUGCAAAGAAGAAGAAGAAGCAGAGUCAUAAGCCAGCAGAUCAGAUCUCAUCACUUUCAGAUCAAGUGAAGGCAAAUUCAGCAUUAAAGGAAGGGUCUAAAAGUAGCGGCUCUGAUCACAUUGCAGCACAUACAUUUACAUUUCGCGAAUUGGCAGCUGCAACAAAGAAUUUUAGAGCAGAUUGUUUUGUGGGUGAAGGAGGUUUUGGUCAAGUAUAUAGAGGGCACCUGGAGAGUUCUAAUCAGGAAGUGGCUAUCAAGAAACUUGAUUCUAAUGGACUUCAAGGGAACAGAGAAUUCCUUGUCGAAGUAUUAAUGCUAAGCCUACUUCACCACCCGAAUCUUGUCAACUUAAUAGGCUACUGUGCUGAUGGGGAUCAGAGGCUUUUAGUAUACGAGUACAUGCCAUUGGGAUCCUUAGAAGACCAUUUACAUGAUCUACCACCAGAUAAAAAACAACUCGACUGGAAUACCCGAAUGAAAAUAGCUGCUGGUGCUGCCAAGGGCUUGGAGUAUUUGCACGACAAAGCUAACCCUCCUGUUAUUUAUCGUGAUCUUAAGUGCUCAAACAUUCUACUUGAUGAAGGUUACCAUCCCAAGCUAUCUGAUUUUGGCUUGGCAAAGUUAGGUCCUGUAGGAGAUAAUACUCAUGUUUCCACUAGGGUAAUGGGAACCUAUGGAUAUUGUGCCCCUGAGUAUGCAAUGACUGGUCAGCUCACAUUGAAAUCAGAUGUAUAUAGCUUCGGGGUUGUUCUUUUGGAAAUUAUCACUGGAAGAAAGGCAAUUGACAAUUCAAGGGCUGCUGGGGAACACAAUUUGGUUGCAUGGGCCCGACCCUUAUUUAGAGACCGUAGGAAAUUUUCACAGAUUGCUGAUCCAUUGCUCCAAGGACAAUAUCCGAUGAGGGGAAUGUAUCAAGCUCUUGCGGUUGCUGCAAUGUGUGUCCAAGAACAGCCUAAUAUGCGACCUGUCAUAGCGGAUGUAGUCACAGCCCUUAAUUAUCUUGCUUCCCAAAAGUAUGACCCUCAAGUGCUUCGAGUCCAGAACUCUCGCACAGGCUCGUCAGCCUCGUCUACUCCUAGAUCAAGAAGGGAAUUCUGAAGUUCAUGAGGGAAGAUUUAUUUAAUACAGUUGCAUCAUUGGAUGAUCACGAUUGUUGUCACCAGUCUAGCUGUGGCACUUUAGGAUGUUUUCACAUAAUGGGUUUUAGUUGUGAUUCAGCAAGCAAUAGUUCGGAGCUUAGUGGUAUGCAUUGUUGCCAAUAGUGCCUGUUUAUCGAAUUUUGCUCACUCCGGUAGCAGGUGCAGUGGUCUCCCGGUUUUCCCCUUUCCUCCUUCUAUUGUUUCUAUAAGAUUCUUUUCUGUACAAUUGAGCAUGGGGUGUUUUGUAUCUAUAUAGAAACUGUUAUUCCAUUGAAUCAUAGAAAUAAUUAUUUACAGGAAUUUUACCA